CCAUUGCUAUAACAACCGCGGGGCGGUCGGUCGGUCGGCGUGACUCGAUGGCACAGCGGCUCGACUGCCAAGUGUCAUCCACCUGCAAGUGGACCGACCUCUGCUGCGCACAGCAUCACCACAGGAGGAAGAAGAGGAGGAAGAGCGCGUGCUUCCCCCGUUCAAGUCAGUGAUGUGAGCAGCGGGGAGGCUCAGGCUCCGCUACGUCAGACAGAUUAGUCAAAUAACCUCUCGGGGUAGGACAUACCUCCCCCUUGGGCUCGGCGCUGACAGUUAGCCAGGAAGCGUGGCGAAACACUGAAGUGCACUACUUUUUUUCCUUUUUUUUUUCUUUGUUUCCUUUUGGUUUGUUUCGGGGUUGGGUGAGACGACUGCGGUGUUGCUCCUCAUCUCCUCCUCCUCCUCCUCCUCCCCUUUCCUGAACCCCCCGUGCGAAAUGGCGAAAGAAAACGGCGAGUCCAGCAACGGAUCCUGGAAGAAGAUCGUCGAUGACGUCAAGAAAAUAUUUGACUUCAAAGAAGUCCUCGGCACCGGUGCUUUUUCUGAGGUCGUGAUGGCUCGGGAGAAGGCCACAGGAAAGAUGGUUGCAAUCAAGUGCAUUCCCAAAAAAGCUCUCAAGGGGAAGGAAACGAGCAUCGAGAACGAAAUCGCCGUUCUCAGGAAGAUAAAGCAUGAGAAUAUAGUGGCUCUGGAAGACAUCUAUGAGAGCUCGAAUCACCUUUACCUCAUAAUGCAGCUGGUGUCCGGAGGUGAACUCUUUGAUCGGAUUGUGGAGAAGGGUUUCUACACAGAGAUGGACGCCAGUCGGCUCAUUCGGCAGGUUUUGGAUGCGGUCAACUACCUGCACUCCAUGGGCAUCGUGCACAGGGACCUGAAGCCUGAGAACCUGCUGUAUUUUAGUCCUCACGAUGACUCAAAGAUCAUGAUCAGUGACUUUGGCCUGUCAAAGAUGGAGGGGACGGGCGGCGUCAUGGCCACGGCCUGCGGGACUCCUGGAUACGUGGCUCCAGAAGUUCUGGCACAGAAGCCUUACAGCAAAGCUGUGGACUGUUGGUCCAUUGGAGUCAUCGCUUACAUCCUGCUUUGUGGCUACCCCCCUUUCUACGACGAGAAUGACUCAAAGCUCUUCGAGCAGAUUCUCAAGGCAGACUAUGAGUUUGACGCGCCGUACUGGGAUGACAUAUCCGAUUCAGCCAAAGACUUCAUCAGCUGUCUAAUGGAGAAGGACCCAGAGAAGAGGUUCACGUGCGAUCAGGCUCUUGAGCACCCCUGGAUUGCUGGAGACACAGCUCUGUGCAAGAACAUCCACGAGUCAGUCAGCCGGCAGAUGAGGAAAAACUUUGCCAAAAGCAAGUGGAGGCAAGCUUUUAACGCCACGGCUGUGAUCCGCCACAUGAGGCGCCUGCAGCUGGGCACCAGCUUUGGCAGCAGCAUCCAAAGCUCCAACUCCGUGUCGAGCCCUCAGGGCCGAGCUCCAGCCAAGAGCCAGUCUGUGGACUGUGCGCCGCUCUCCCUGAAGGACUGUCCUCCCAUAUCACCUCUACCGUCCGCUGUUAAAGUGUUCAAUCAGGACUCUGACGCCUCCGCUCCGGCUCCACGGGAUGACUCUCCAGCGGUGGCUGAGCCGCCACGACCGCGACCCUCCACUGUUACCGUCAUCCACACGGGGACUAAAUGACGCCAGGUUCCGCGGGAGGUGAGCUGGGAGACCACAGAGCUUUGAGACGUGGGGGGAGUUAAUCAAACCAAGCCCCCUGCCCAGGCUUCGUGAAUCAGUAUCGUCGCCCAGUUCUCCAAUCCCGCAACCUCCCGUUGGUUUCUGGCAAGCGUGGGAGGAAUUUCCGGAGCGCUGGCUCCGCUCCGUUUAGCAUGGCUGAAUCUGUACAGAGACCUGGAGGUCUCGCCUGAAAAGUGUGACCUGCUGUGAGAGGUCCACAAAAAGAUGACGCUGCUGUCUGGUUUUCUGUUUUCUUGACUGUGACGGGACACUCCGAUGUAUGCCUUGUGUAAAUAUUCUGCCUGGAUUCGUUGUCAUGUUUAUGCAAGUGAAACAUAAGCUUCAAACUGUGGUAAAUACCUAUAACUUCACCUGCACCCAGAACUCCGCUUGGUUCGCACAGCUCUCGUUAACUUGCUGCGAUAUUUUUCUCGCGAUGGCUCACAGCGCACCGACUUCCAGCAAAACGGCAGUCAGUUUAGUGUCUGCUUUUUGGAUGUGUAAUCGCUGAACCUGGGCAGGACAAACCCAAUCACUGAUGACCGCAGUGGGCUGGUGCACUUAUGUCUUGGUGUAUUUAUUUUCUUAUAUCACUCAUUUAUCAUAAAACUGGACUAAAAGCUACUGUAUUAUCUGUCAAAAAUAGAGGAUUACUGAGAGAUUUUUUUUUGUUUUUUGUUAUGGGUCUGAAGUCUUCCCCGACCACAGGAGGGCGCCACGGGUUGUUGCUUUAUGACCAGUUCUCAGGGAUCUGCAGGGACAUGAACAUGAAGCUAACCAAACUUCUCAAUAUGAUCAAGCACUGAUUUUUCUUUUUAAUCCAAAUUAUUAUUAAAUUAUUUAAAUGUUCAAACAAAAAUUCUCCUAAUUUGCUGGUACGGACAUCUUUUCUUAUCCAGGCGGAUCUUUUAAAAUAACUUUAAAGGAGAUGUUCCUUUGUGAUGUGAGCAAAGUAAAAUACAAAGCGAGGAAUUCCGAUUGGUCGUCCCAUUGCAGUCAGGUCAGUAUUGUACAGUUGAGUCGUAUAAAUAUUGUGCUCUGCUUCCGCUCAUGAUCUGGCAGCUCUGGGAGCAGCUCAGUCACUGUAUUUAAUCACUGUGCUUUCAUACCAGCCUGUUGAAUUUCACAGAAAGACUCUUUGUCCUUCUGUCUCCCACUCGUUCUCCAGAGACUUUCACACAGAGAGGAGAUGGGAUCUGUCUUUGUAUUUUCUCUGUGGUGCCUCUAUUUAAUUUCACUCACCUAACAUGAAUGUGUGUGUGUGGGGAUGGGGGGAAUACAUGUGAACAUGCCCGACUCAAAGGGCUUUGCAGUCUUGAAUCAUGCACAACUCUGGUAAAUAUUGAAAUGGAUUUGAGCAUCUACUUAUUGUAAAUACAAAGCUCUACAGUAUUUACUCUGAACUUGUGUGUAUUCUUUGAUUAUUUUUUUUUCACAGUAAUAUUGAGAGACAGUAAAAGACGCAGAUGAAAGGCUGUUUAUGCUUUUAUUGAAACUAAAUAUGAAAUUACAAUUUUCACACAUCACUACAGUAAAUAUAUAUGAAGCGGUUCACACUGAUGCUCCUAUAUGUAAUGAAAAUAAAAGUUUGAAUUUGA